GUCACUUUGUAUUGUAAGUGGUGAAGGUGAUGAAAGACAGAAGAAAAUUUUUAUUUUGAUUUUAUUUAUAAAUUCAAUUGAAUUUGUUUGAUAUAUAAAUAAGCCAAGUUAUUAAUUUCAAUAAUGUUUCCAUCUACUGAAGAGUCUAUUGUUCUUAAACAACUAUCCAAGUACAAGAACAUAAGCACAACAAAAAAGGAUGUGAUUGAUGUACUAAACAAUUACCGAAGUCUUACACAUUACCUUCAAAAAUUCGUUUUCAAUGAUGGGACACAAAAGGAACUUUUCAACUUACAGGGAACCAUACCAGUUGUUUAUAAAAGUAACACUUAUCACAUUCCGAUAUGCAUUUGGUUGACCGAUACUCAUCCCCAGAAUGCUCCAAUGUGCUUUGUCAAACCAACUCCAAACAUGCAAAUUAAGGUUUCCAUGUAUGUUGACCACAAUGGCAAGAUUUAUCUUCCAUAUUUGCAUGACUGGCAACCGCAAACUUCAGAUCUUUUGGGUUUGAUCCAAGUAAUGAUAGUGACUUUUGGUGACCAACCACCUGUGUAUUCGAAACCAAAAGGACAAGUUGCACCAUAUCCAACAUCUUCAUUUAUGCCACAGCCUGGAGGAGCAAAUAAUGCAAAUUCUUUCUUGCCGUACCCAGCUGGAGGUGGGGGUGGAGGAGCUUUUCCAUCGUUUCCUCAAAACAACAACUUUGGACAGUAUCCGCCGUAUAUGCCAAAUGCUGCUCCAACAGGACCAGGGCCUGCACCAGGUCCAUCUGGAAACGCUGCCGGUGGUUAUCCUCCGUAUAUGAAUUUUCCACAAGUUCCUGGCUAUGGUUCGGGCUAUAAUCCGGGAAAUCCAAGUCAAACUGGUACCAUUACUGAAGAACAUAUAAAAGCAUCACUUAUAAGUGCCGUCGAAGAUAAACUUAGGCGAAGAGUUCAGGAAAAAGUAAAUCAGUGUCAAGCUGAAAUCGAAACCCUUAAUCGCACAAAACAAGAACUUGUCGAAGGAAGUUCCAAAAUCGAAACAAUUAUUGCUCGUUUGCAAAGAGAGCAGGCCGAACUAAGGAAAAAUAUACUCAUUCUACGUGAUAAAGAACAAGAACUAGAAAAAUCUCUAGAAUCACUUGAACAAUCCGACGGAAUUGAUGUCGACGAGGCUGUUGUAACCACAGCUCCAUUAUACAAACAAUUACUCAAUGCAUAUGCUGAAGAAGCAGCCACAGAAGACGCCAUUUACUAUUUGGGAGAGGCUUUGCGUAGUGGCGUUAUUGACCUGGAAGCCUUUCUAAAGCACGUCCGCCAACUGUCCCGGAAACAGUUUAUGUUGCGUGCAAUAAUGCAAAAGUGCCGACAAAAGGCUGGACUUGCGGGCUAAAUUUAAAAAAAAAAGAAGCAAUAUCCAGAAAUGAUUGUCGAGGAAAAAUGUUGUCUGUUGAUAGUUUGAAAGUUGAAACAUUAAUUAAACAUUAUAUUUUAAAAGUAUUUAAUAUCAGUUACUAUUUAUCUUAAAAAAAUCUUUCUUUUUUUUAAGAAUCAAAAGAACAAAUCAAAGAACACCAUAAUAAUUAUAAUAUAAAAAAAAAGGAAUGAAAUUAAUGUGUUUCAAGUUUUCAAAUCGAAAAACGUAAUUUUACCUUUCACAUAAUGUGCAUAAUAAUUUACUCCUUAUUUUUAUAUACAUAUAUUUUAUCCAGAAAUAAAGCAAUUAAGUUAAAUAUUAA